CCUACCUACCUCAUUGCAAGUCCCCUACGUAGUGCAACCAACCCGCUGCCUCUCUAGUCUUUCCAUCUUUAUAAGUCAUCGUCCCUCCAUCGUUUGCCACUCGCUUUACAUCUCACACCAUCACACCUACAAAACAUCUGAACUUCUCAACUACAACACCAUGCUGUUGACCCGACCCACUACUUCACAAUCUACUCAGCAACAUCAGCAACAGCAGCAGUUCGAUCCCCAUCACUCCAACCUACACCACCAGUAUCAAACACAAUCACAGCAAUUUUACCCUCAGUCGAUCGACUUCGACUUCGACCUCGACGCUUCCUUUGACGACGCUGCGCACGAUCUCACUUCCUCGAGCAUUUCCUCGUCUCCGCUGUCGACUCAAUCUUUUCUUUCUUCCCAUUAUUCUCUAGGGAACACCUCGGCCAAUCUUACGAGUCACGACACAUCCCACUUGGCCGUCCCAAGACGAUCAGCGACAACCACCUCAGCACUCGACGAUUCUGCCCUGAACUAUAACCGCCAGUAUAACCUAAUGCAGUCAGACGCGUGGGCACUCGGGAAUCAAUACGCUUCCAAGACCGUUGGUCGACUAUCCCAUCAGCGGGAGUCAUCUUUGUCUUCCCUCGGUUCAGCUGGUCCCGCCUCACCCUUCAACCACAGCACAUUAAAUCCCCAGAUCGCAGUCACAGACUCGACACCCGACGGACUAUACGACAUGCAGGCCCACGACAGCAAUGCUUUUUACCAACUGUCUAAUAAGUCAAUGACGGUGUCUCACGACAAUAUGUACCCCAACUACAACGGAUUGCAAAACAUUUCUUCGGACAUGGCUGGCUACGCCUCAGCUAUGAACGUUCAACGACCGCGCUCUGACCGCGGGUUACUACCUGCGCCUGAACUUUCUAUGGCUGGCAGCAGAUCACACCCAAACUCUGUGGCAAGUUCCAUUGCCGGAGACUCACCCGCAACACCAUCACAUCUCGACCACGAAGAUGAUAGGCGGCGGAAAGCUGUGUUCAGCAAUGUUCCCAAGCUAGACCGUACCAUGACAGACAUCUACAAUGAUGAGCUGUACAGUCCCAACUUCACCAUUACUUCGGCAGCCCCAGCACAGAAUCAGAUGGCCGUAUCGCCUAGCAACGAUGUGUUCGCUCAACGACUGAGUGCUGCAAACAAUCAGCACCUCAGCGCCGCACAGUCGCCAGUAUCUAGUGUCUCGCGCGAUCGCUCGCCAUUCCGUCAAGGGUCACCAUUGGCACCCAUGCCCAACCACGACUUCGGGCAAGGUGUCCAAGCCUCUCGUCUACGGUUCAACUCGGCCCACCAGAUUCGGGAACAGAAGAAGGCGGAACAUGACGCACAGAUCAUGAGACAGCAAAUGGCUGUGAAGUCAGAGCCUGAGACUCCGAAAACAAUCUCGCCAAAGGACGCAAUGCUGGAAUUCCACGACGGUGAUGCUGAAUCAUCAUUCUCACUGUUCCCGUCCCAGGAAACGGUCGAUUUUGAGGAUAUUGCCAAGGCAGUUGCUAGCCAGGACCAGCAGGCCAAUUUUGCUAGGUCUGCCAUGCAGAACGGGACAGCUUUCCCUUACAUGCCUGCCCAGCUUCAGACCGCCGUCCACAUCCCCCAACAAUACCCAUUCAUUGCCCAUCCGCGUCAAUCUCAUGAGCAGAUUCCUCGACUCAGCUCUGCUGAGUCCAGCACUGUGGGAUCGGAAGUGACUUCGACCUCACACGGGACAUCCAUGGCCAAGCCUGCUGGUGCUACUGCAGACGGCGGCACUUACACAUGUACCUACCACGGCUGCACGAUGCGAUUCGAAACUCCUGCACUUCUCCAAAAGCACAAGCGAGAGGGGCACCGACAGACUCAAGGUAUUGGGGGGCCCAGAAGACCCGAGGCGGUUGAUACAUCCCCCGACAGCAUUCUCAACAGCCAAGCGGGUCCUCACCGUUGCGAUCGUAUCAACCCUAGCACUGGCAAACCGUGCCACACAAUCUUUUCACGCCCGUACGAUUUGACUCGGCACGAGGAUACUAUUCACAACGCGCGCAAGCAGAAGGUGCGCUGCAAUCUUUGCACCGAGGAAAAGACGUUCAGUCGUGCCGAUGCGCUCACGCGACACUACCGAGUCUGCCAUCCCGAUGUCGAAUUCCCAGGCAAGCAUCGCCGCCGUGGGCACAAUGUUUAGAUACGCUGCUACUUGCAACCAAAUCUGAACAUUUACUCAAGGCUCAUCAUACAUUGGUCUCUAUUACACGGACCAUCGUCUACCCACACCGGCAAUCUGGCACAGCUCGGAUGAAGGUUACCCCGCGGCAUACUGCCACACUGGUACAAUCGCCUGAAGAAAUCACAGGU